CAAGCACCUAUCCAGACACCAGCGAGGUCAAUCUCCGAUACGCUUUGCACACCGAUUCCCUAUCAAGCCAUAUCAAGCCAUCUUUGGUCCAGAAGCCGCAAUGCACGCAGCCCUGACAGUUGACCAGAGUCAUGAAACACGUCGUCACACUUCCCUGCCUGGUAACACUUUGCACAUAGUUUGCUCCAGCAAAUCCAGAACCCAAGCUGACGUCAAUCAUCAUGAUUUUUUGCUCAUAGUGAAGAUACAUAUCUUGCCAAUCGAAGUUCUUGAACGCAUUGCGGAAGCCGCAGCGGGAGUGAUGAACUACGACCAACUUGUGCUCUUCCUCUACAUGAUACGCACUAGCAGGCGAAACCUUAUUGCUCGUCGGGCUGCGUUCAUGACAGCCCGGAGCAUCAUUAAAGACCAUCUUGGACGACGCAGCACAGCAGACAAUCGGACCUACCCUCUCGAUUUUGUCAGUCGGAGCUUGACCAUCCCCAUCGAUGGUACGAACAAAGAACUCCGCAUUCACUCCAUGAUUUGGGGUGCGAACACGUAUCCGGAAAUCCCUUCCAAAGAGAUAGUACACUGUGGCACAGUGAAAAAUCGCUGGAUGCUUCAGCCGUGGACUGUGCACAUCGAUGAGUUUGGAGCAAGCUUGAUCGAAACGGUUGACGGUCAUGAGAUUCCGGAAGGAUGGAACGACUCUGGAGAGUACGAGGAGGGUGAAGAGGAAGAUGAGGAAGAUGACGAAGACGAGGAAGAUGACGACACGGAAUCGGUGCAUUCGGUAGCCAAACACUGGUUAUGGGGCGCGUGUGCUCUGUCUGAAUCUAGAGACGAGUUGUGCGAUUGGCGUUGUCCUUGCCGUGAUCAUCUGAAGCCUGCCAGCGCACGAGCGCUUGAGCCUCGAAACACUGUACCUCACGAAUUGUAACUUCGCGCAACAGAAUAGAUUCAGCUCUCCAU